UCAAAAUCUUCAGACGUGGUUUACUCUAGUCCGGUUGGCGCAGCGCCGAGGAUUAGAGAGAGAAACGAAGAUAGAAGAAAGGCGACGUGUAUAUACAUACAAAUAUAUAUAUAUAUAUAGAGAUUGACUGCUUGAUUGAUUGAGGAAGAAUGGCGAUUAGAAAGCUUCUGCUUCUACUGAAACCGAUUGAUCCGUACCCAUUCCUUCAAACAGAAGGUGUAUCGUUCAUUAAAAGCCCUCAGGUUCUUCAAUAUCUAGAAAGCAGGUGCAAAGUACACAGGAAUGCUAUAAACUUUUGUCAGGAAAUUCUAAGAAAGAAGCCAGUCGAAUGGAAACCCAUUUCACGUAAUGACUUAUCGCAUCCCAUUCACGAUGUGGAUAUGGUCAUCACCGUUGGUGGAGAUGGCACCCUCUUGCACGCCAGUCAUUUCAUCGAUGAUUCUGUUCCCGUUUUAGGAGUUAAUUCUGACCCAACCCAAGCUCACGAGGUGGAAGAACUGAGUGAUCAGUUUGACGCUAGUAGAAGCACUGGUCAUCUUUGUGCUGCAACAGUUGAGAAUUUUGAACAGGUACUGGAUGACAUUUUGUUAGGCAGAGUAGUUCCUUCAAAAGUAUCGAGAAUAUCAUUGAAGUUAAAUUCAGAACCUCUUCUUUCACACGCACUUAAUGACGUUUUGAUCGCACACCCAUGCCCUGCCGCGGUUUCAAGGUUCUCGUUCAAGAUCAAGAACAAAGAUGGUGAUACCAGUCAAAAGACAGUGAACUGCCGCUCAAGCGGUCUAAGAGUCUGCACAGCUGCUGGUUCAACCGCAGCAAUGCUGUCAGCAGGUGGGUUCGUGAUGCCAAUGAUGUCUCGUGAUCUACAGUUUAUGGUUAGAGAGCCCAUCUCUCCCGGUUCAACCGCCACUCAAAUGCAUUCAGCCUUCAAACCGGACCAAUCCAUGGAUGUUAACUGGUAUUCAGACCAAGGAACUAUCUACAUCGACGGUUGUCAGGUUUGUUACAACGUGCAGCUCGGUGACAAAAUCGAGAUAUCGUCUGAUGCGCCGGUCUUAAACGUUUUCUUGUCCAAGGGCUUUACUCAGAUCAGAUCAAGCUACUAGGUUUGGUAGAUUUGUUCAUAAAAUUAGGGUUGGUAUAUUGAGAGACCCUUUGAACCCACUUGUCUAUAGAUGUGGUAAGACUCUUUGGUCGGAAAGAUUCGUUGAUUCUUGAAUCUUCAGUACUUUUUGAAGAAGUUUAAUUCAAGUAGCGCUCUCUUUUGUUGAACCAGUAACGUGGAUGUAUAUGAUCCUCUUG